AUGAAUAGACAUUCUUUAAAGAAGUUAGAUAAUAAAUAUGUAGUAGACGAAUCCAAACUUUUGGGUUCGGGUAAUUGCGGUUCUGUUUAUUUUGGGUGGAAAACAGAUAAUACUGAGUAGUAUUUAGCCAUAAAAUAAAUUCCAAUCAAUUCUAAAUUUGAAAUUACUGAUUCUAUGCUGAUUGAGAUUAAUCUUUUAAGAAGAUUAGAUCAUCCAAAUAUUGUUAAAUUCAUUGAUGCAAAAAAAACUAAAGAUUUUAUGUACUUGAUAAUGGAGUUUUGCAAUGAAGGCAGCAUUGAAGACCUUAUAAUAAAUUAAAAAGUAUCUGAAAAUGAAGUUUUAGAUUAUUUUAAGCAAAUUUGCAAGGCAUUUAGAGAGUUGAAUAAUAAGAAUAUAUUGCAUGGGGAUGUAAAGCCUAGUAAUAUUCUUUUACAUAACUCAUAAUGUAAGCUAGCUGACUUUGGUGUUAGUAAAACAAUUGAUAAGAAAUCAGAAAAUACUACAAUGAGAGGAACUCCAUUUUUUAUGGCUCCUCAGCUCCUAAAUAAUUAGCCAUACACUACUAAAAGUGAUAUCUGGUCUUUAGGAAUUACUUUGUUUUUUAUGCUUUUCAAGAGAUUACCUUGGGAUGAAAAAGUUUAAAAAUAGCAUUAACUUAGAUAAUUUAUUACAAAUGAAUAUGAUCCUGAUAAAUUUUUUUCUCAUUGCACUAAUGUAAUAUCUGAAUUUACUCUGAGCCUAUUAAAGAGAAUGAUUGUAGUAGAUGAAGAAAAAAGAAUCUCUUGGGAAGAACUCUUUAAAUUAGUUAUCCCCAGUGAUGAUAUAGAUGAAUAAAUUUAUAAAGAUAAAUCUAUCAAUGAAAGUUUUAGCUACUAAAAUUCUUAAUAUUUGGAUUAAAUAACAAGACAAACUGUAGACUUUAAAAAAGGUGACAAUGAUUUAGACAUUUCACUUAAUAAUGAAAAUGAUUAAGAGCUUUAAAAUUAAGCUGAUAAUGUAUUUUAAAAAUAUUAUUACAAAAAUGAAUAAACUUUGAAAGCAAAGGAAGCAAAAAAUCAAUUAGAGUUAGAAAUACAAAAGGCUGAAUUUUUUAAAAACGUUGCCAGAUAAAUAGAGCUGUAAAGAGAAAUAAUAGAAAAAUUUCCAGGUGGUUUGUAUUCUUAAUGCAUGUUUCUGUUGAGAAAAAGAUGUUAUAUUCAUUUUGUUAACUUAUAGUAAAUGGUUUCAUUUAAUACUCACAAGAGUGGAAAUAUAGAAAUAGAUGAGGAGCUCUUUGAUUCCUUACAUAAAUUACCUGAUUGGUAGUACUAAGUUAAAUCAUUCUAAAACUAAAUCUUCCAAAAAUCCACAGAAAUAAAAAAAUUAUUUUAGAAAAGCAAAGAUGAAUUAGAGUAUGCUUUUUAAAAUCUCCCUGAUUUUCAUCAAACUUUAAGAGGUAAUGCCUACGAUGAAAAGCAUUUGGAAGAAAACGAAUCGUUAAUAUUAGCAUUUAAUGACAAUUUAAUUUAACUAUUUAAACUACUCACAGAAAAAAUUUUGGAAGAAAAGAAAAAAGGAUCAACAAUUUUAACUAAAUAAUUUAUUUAAUAGUAAACUGGUAUAGACAUUCACUUAGUAUAUGAUCUUAUUUCCUGUAUUCUAUUUAGGCAAUUUUAUAAGUAUUAAGAUAUUAAUAUCAAGCUCUCCUAGUAUUAUGAAGAAAAGAGAAAAUGUGAUACAGAUGAACUAAUGUUCAGAAUCGAGAUAGCUUAUAAUGAGUGGAUUAUAAAGAAAAAUUAUCCUACUAACUGA